GUGCUGGUGGCCACUGUCAGUUCCGAGCGUCAGUCUGUCUGUCACCCACAACAAUGAGAAACAGGGGAGAGAAACUCCCAUUGAUUUUGGGGCUUGGCAUUGGUUGCAUUAUCAGUAUCCUAAUAUUUUGCAACAAUUCCUUUACUGGUAGUCAGCCAAGUUUUCUCAGGGGGUCGCUGAACAGUAGUCAUGAAGACAACGCCACCUCAUCACUGACGACAGACAACACCACCACCUCAUCAAUCGAAAGCAAGACAGAGAAGAGAGAUAAGAAAAUCUUAUGCUGGAUCUUAGCGAUCCCCCAACGCAACCCAAGCGCCAUUGCUGUCAAGAAUACUUGGGGCAAGCGGUGCGACAAACUCAUCUUCUUCGGGGACAAGAUAGCUGAGGAACUGGAACCAGUGACGCUCCCAGGUAUUAAAGAAGGCCACGGAGUCCUGUGGGGCAAGACGCGGGAGGCUCUCAAGUAUUUGUACGAUCACUACCUCGAGGACUUCGACUGGUUCUACAAAGCUGAUGAUGAUACUUUCGCCAUCAUAGAAAACCUGAGGUACGUUCUGACCCCCUAUGACCCGGAAUUUCCUAUGGGCUUAGGUGAACGGGCCGUUGUGCGUGGGGACAAAAACAGGAGUUACUUGGGUGGAGGGGGCGGCUACGUUCUCAGCAGGGGAACUCUGAGGGUCUACGGCAACAAAACUUAUUACAAUGACUCACUCUGCCCUAGAAGUCACGGAGGAAUGGAGGACGUGACCUUAGGGAAAUGUCUAACCAACUCGGGAAUACUUUUUGGUGAUACCAGGGACGAAUUUGGAAGGCACAGGUUCCACCAGAAACCCCCAGUGGAUUACAUAAAGGGGAUAUGGGAGAAAUGGUACCCAAACACGAUGAUUUACCAAUAUGGCAAAGGAAUCGACAGCAUAUCAGAAACGGCAGUAUCUUUCCACGACAUGAAAGAUGAGUCUCAUCUCUACAUCAUCGAGUUUUUCAUCUACAGACUUCAGCUCUUCGGCGUCGAAGGCAGAUUCAAUGGACCUCUGAUAGCGCCGCUCCCACCUGAUAUCACUGCUAUUCCACUGGAGGUCAUGAUGCGGUAUCAGCAGCCGAAGGCGAACGAGACCGGAAGUGAGAGGGAGAAAAGCAGCACAUCAUCGUAAAAUACGUUCUCGGAAACACUUUCUCAUUUCAUCUUCUUCAGCUACGACCCGGAUGGUGAUGAGAAUAUUUAUACGAUAAAUCAUAAAUAGAAUAAAGUUUCAUAAUGUCAUUUUUAUCUUUAUUUUUGGCCAUUAACUUCAGUAAUGCAUUUACUGUGUCGUUAUUUAAUAUUUUGAUUGUCAUCGAUUGCAGUCUUCGCUGUGGUCUUAGCAGCAGUGUUAAAUGAUCUGAGAUGGAAUGAUAAAAAAGUUGAGACAAAGUAAAACAAGUGACUCAUUAA